UCUGUACAUAGUACAUACAUCCGUCGUAUAUUAAAACUCGUUUCUUUACAAUUUCAAAGACAAAAGUGGUGAAUUACUACUCUAACCAGCACUACUCCGGAUGAAACAACCCUAACCUUAACCCUUGCAUCAUCAUCUUCCUCCUCCAUCACUCCUGGAGAUUCACUUCACCAACAGCCUCUUCCCAGUCUUACGUUUGACAUCGUGGCUGAAAUUCUUUCCAGGCUUCCAGUCAAAUCCCUCAUGCAACUCAAAUCGGUCUGCAAAUCCUGGAAAUAUCUUAUUUCAGAUUCAAAUUUCGCCAAGAACCACUUUCGCGUUUCAACCACGCGCCACCAUCUUGUCUCAGAUAAAACCAAACCCUCACUCAAUUAUUACCCUCUCUCCUCCGUUUUCACAGAAAUCACCCCUACCACCACUCCCUUGCAGCUACAGUUCCCUCUAAACGAUCAAAGUUGGGAUCGCUUCAUUGGUUCAUGCCGCGGCAUCCUCUGUUUCAGUCUCGGUAAAGCUCCCCCUCUUGUGUGGAAUCCUUCCAUUCAGAAAUUUACUAAAUUGCCCUCUUUGGGCUAUACAGAACGAGAGGGGCUUUGCAGACUGUAUGGCUUUGGCUAUGAUCAUGUAAGUGACACUUACAAGGUUGUUGUUGUUGAUUGGUAUAGUGAUGACGGUUCUCAUUAUGGGCUUGACAAAAAUCAAACUAUGCUUCAUACUUUGGGUACUAACUCUUGGAGAAGGAUUCAGAAUUUUCCUUAUACCCCUUUUGGUGCGGAUGGUUCAGGAACAGUUGUCUGUGGCACUAUUAAUUGGUUGACAUCUAAAACUUGGUCGGCCACUUCAUUGUUUAUUGUUUCUCUUGAUUUGGAGAAGGAGUCUUAUCGAGAGCUAUUGCCACCGCCUGAUCAUAGAGUGAUAACCGUGGUUAAUUUUAUGCUAGGAGUGUUAAGGGAUUGCUUGUGCCUAUUUUCUAAUGAUCCUACUUUUACAGAUGUUUGGCUUAUGAAGGAGUAUGGAAAUAAUGAUUCUUGGACUAAAUUGUUCCGUCUUCCUCACAUGAAAGAUCAUCCUCGUUCUUGGUCUCAUGCUUGUCCACUUUAUGUUUCUGAGGAUGAUCAAGUGCUACUUGAUAUGACGUCCAAGUUGGUUGUUUACAAUUAUAGAGAUGGUACUUUUAAGGAUUUCGGUAUUCAAAAUACAUUUAGUUGUUGGAAUUCAAAAGUAUACCAGGAAAGUUUAAUAUCACCUUGUCCGUGAAUAGUAUUAGUAUGUAUGUUAAAUGAUAUGUUAUGCCAUUUGUGUAUCAAGAAUCCAUCCAUUGGAUGCUUCCACUUCCUAAUUGCAACUUUUAUAUUUACUACUCACUUCAUGGGUUGUUGUUUAAUCAUUGGUCGGUGGAAUUUGCAGCAAGAGAAAUUGCUUUGUUAGGUGUAAUUGAUUUGGUUUUCUUAAAUUGGAAUCAAGUGUUAUGACAAGUCUCUUGUAUUGUAUGUUUAUUAAAAUUUCUGAUGAUGGCUACACGAAUUUCAUAUUGUGUGCGGCUAAUGACGAUGUUAGUGAUGUUUUUAUGCAAACAACAUAGAAUCA